AUGUCAUCUCCUCCAUUGAAAGGUAUCCGAGUCGUUGAGCUCGCAGGUCUAGCACCAGGACCUUUCGCAGGCCUACUGCUAGCCGACUAUGGCGCCUCGGUCCUCCGCAUUGACCGACCCAAAGCCAUCAGCGGUGAUCAACUAACGCGACACAAGACAUCUAUAACUCUCGAUCUGCGCGAUGUGAAAUCAAAAGAUAUCCUACUACGUCUUCUCACCGCCGCCGAUGUGUUAAUUGACCCCUUUCGCCCCGGCGUCCUGGAACGCCUCGGCUUAUCUCCAACAGAGGUCCUCCUUAAGCAUAACCCACGGCUGAUUGUCGCACGUAUGACUGGGUUCCGACGCGACGGUAAAUACAAAGACAUGGCUGGCCACGAUAUCAACUACAUCGCCGUAUCCGGCGUUUUAUCUAUGCUCGGACGUGCAGGCGAUAAACCUUUCGCGCCAGGGAAUAUACUUGGAGAUUUUGCCGGUGGUGGUGCGAUGUGUUUCCUGGGAAUUCUCCUUGCGCUGAUCGCUCGCACAAAUACGGGUCGUGGUCAGGUUGUCGAAGCAAAUAUGGUGGAUGGCUCGGCGUAUCUGGCUACCAUGCCUCGAUUAGGACGUCAAACACCUGCAUGGAAUGAACCUAGAGGACACAAUUUGUUGGAUAGUGGUUGUCCUUACUACGAUACUUAUGAGACGAAGGAUUCUGGGAAGUUCUUUGCUGUUGGGGCACUGGAACCACAAUUCUAUGCCGCGUUGCUACGGGGACUGAGUCUUGAUCCGAAGAAGAUCCCAGCGCGGGAAGAUCGUGAUAACUGGUCUGCGCUGAGGGAGAUUUUUACGCGCCGAUUCAAGGAGAAGACUCGUGCAGAGUGGGAAUCUAUUUUCGAUGGCACUGACGCUUGUGCGACUCCUGUUUUGGAGCAAGAUGAACUUGAGGCGGCGGGUUAUGACCAACGUCCUGCUGUGCACUUAUCCCAAACCCCCGCUUACCCGUUCAAGGCCGAUCAGGGCGGCUGGUCGGGUGGGGGCCUCAUGCCUGGGGAUGGGGGUGAGGAGACCCUCCGAGCAUGGAUGGGAUGGGAACCUAACAAGGAUUUUCUGGUUCGGAAGGACGGCGCCAUUGUUCUGGUAGAUGGUAGGGCGAAGUUGUGA